GUUGGUUCCAGCAACAUGGAGGACGAUGUCAGCUUGAAGUUCCAUCAGCAGCUUCUGCUCAUUGACGAAAAUCUGGUGGCUGAAGAUGUAGCAGCUUUAAAAUUUCUCUGUACUGACUUGCUCCCCCUCAGAAAACUAGAAAGUGUGAAGUCAGCAGUGGAUAUCUUUCAGCUUCUCAUGGCUGAAGAGUAUCUGAAUGAGGAAGAUACUUUCCUACCAGCUGAACUCUUAUACAGAAUUAAAUGUCACUCCUUGCUCAGGAAACUUGGUUAUACCAAGGAGAAAGUGCAAGAAUGUCUGCGUGAGAAGGGAAGAGUGUCUCCGUACAGGCAGAUGUUGUAUGAAUUGUCAGAGAACAUUACCAACGAGAUGUUGAAGGAUAUCAUAUUCCUCCUGCAAAACUAUCUUCCAAAGCGACAGAAAACUCUGUCUGCUCUGGAAUUGCUGAUUUUAUUGGAAAAACAGGGCCUUUUGACUGAAAACAAUGUACAGAUCCUGGAGGAAGUCUGUAUGAAUGUUUCACCUGAUCUCCUGGAAACAAUAAACUGCUACAAAAGGGCAAAAGUGUCUCUGCCUCAGCAGGAGAAUACUCUGCCAGUCAGAGAAUCUUCGCUGUCUCACACUGGAGAGAUCAGAAUAUUCACUCACCCACAGGAGACCUCGAUCAAAUCUGUCGAUUCUAAUAUCAAUGAUAAAAAAGCAGCUAAUCUUACACAAGGCUUCUCUGAAAUGAACCUGGAGCUGCCUGGAGAAUUCAGCAAUGUAGAAAAUGAAUCCAAGAAGAUGACAAGCUACAAAAUGGAUGGACCACACAGAGGAUUUUGUCUUAUUAUUAAUAAUGUCAACUUUGAUAGGUCUCUUCAGGAGAGGAAGGGUUCUUGCAAAGAUGCUGGUAAGUUACUGAA